ACGUCUUACAGAAGAAAUAUUUCAGAUAGGCAUAAACACAUAUCUAGAUAACAAUGAAUUUAGCUUAUUCCGCCAUCUAAACUUUAUGGAGUUUAUGAGAGAUGUUUCAACAAUAAAUCCAAAUAUUGCUGCCGUCAUCUGGGACAUGAAAAAUUGGGAUUCGGAGAAGUAUUGUCCUCUUAUUAAAGUAGUACGAAAUUAUGAUGAUCCUAAGAACCGAACAUUUGUAUGGAUAGAAAAUAUCGACACAUUAAAAAUUCAGUGCAUUCCUAUAACUUUUACUACGCAAACGUCUUCCGAUUUUAACAAUUUUAUUUAUUAUUCGCUAUGCAAGCAAUGGGGAAUUAAACGUUUACUAGAACCAUUGAAAUUAUCAUUACCAUAUAAAGAAGAUGGUUGGAUGAUAUUCAAUUUACAACAAAUUGGAUAUUAUCGCGUUAAUUAUGACGGUGAAAAUUGGAAAAGAAUUCAACAUUAUCUACGCUCUAGUCGUUCUCAGUACAAUAAAAUUCAUGUUCUUAAUCGUGCCCAAAUUAUCGAUGAUGGAUUUCAUUUAAUGAUAGCAGGCAAACUCAAAUCCAAUAUAUUCUGGAAUAUCAUAUGGUAUUUGCAACAUGAAGAAGAUUAUAUAGCAUGGUAUCCUCUGUUCAAAGCUCUGGAAUACAUGUAUUGUACUUUUCCAGGGAAAAAAGAUAUUAUGAAUAACAUAAAGUUGACGGUAAACAGUAUACUUGAAAAAUCAAAUAUGAAGAAAUUGAUGAUAGUGACAAACUUAGAAUAUGUUUACGACAAGAAGCUGCAAGAUGGGCAUGUUUUUCGGUGACAUCAAUUGUAAGAAAGAAGCCAACAAAAAAUUAAAACAACAUCUCCAAGAUCCUACAAAACACAAACUUUUGCCAUGGUGGAAGGAAUGGACAUAUUGUAAAGGUUUGAUGAUAACUACCAAAGAAGAGACAUCUUGGCAAUUAGUGUAUAAUAUAGGAUUGGAAAAAUCUGACACUAAAUUUUUAGAAUACUUGGCUUGCCCUGAAGAUACUGGUGUCAUCAUUGAUUAUUUAAAUUAUAUAAACAAUUCUACAGAACAGGAAUAUCAAUAUCUUUUUAACGGUUUUUACAUAUUAUUACAAAGCAUGCGAAGAAUCAAAUUAUACUGGAGUACAUAUUAGAUUAUUUUAACGACAUAAAACCAGAGUAAUGUGACAUAUUUUUAUAAAUAUU